AUGGCUCUGUUCAUGGACUCAGACUUCUCCUUACUGAAGCAGAACCAGAGCAGAGACAUGAUGGAUUUUAAAGCCUUAUUUGAAGAAGAACCGGAUCACUGCAAAGAAGCCCGCAGUGAGAGCGCGGUGUCCUCUCCGGACCCGGACAGAGCCGUCACCGUCACCGCCGGUCUGAUGGAGGGCCAGAGGAAGAGGAAGAGGACCAUCUUCAGCCGAGCACAGCUGUCCGAGCUGGAGCGAGCCUUCGCCGUGACCCCGUACCCGGACAUCACGCUGAGGGAGAGGCUGGCCGCGCACACACACCUGCCCGAGAGCAAGAUACAGGUGUGGUUCCAAAACAGAAGAGCCAGAAGUAUCAAGACCGUGAGGCUCCCCAAGUCCACCAAGCCCCUGGGAGGUAGAGGGGUUGUUGAUCCCUCCCCUGGUCCUGUGACCGCUGCUUUCCUUUCCUCCACCACCCUGGCGGACAUAUUCAGACCGGAGCAGAACCACUCCUGCGAAGACGUCCCGCAAAUCUACUCCGACUGGAUCCAAAUCUACAGCAACCCUGUGUCAUCGCCGCCAACUUCCUCAUCCCUCCAGCCCACGCCGGGCUCCUCAAAACCCUCGGAGCCUCGUCUCUGGGAGGAGGACCACCACCACCAGCACCACCAGCGGCAGCACCUGGGACCGGCGCUCCCCGGGUUCCUUCCUGGUUCCUUCCCUCAGCCCGGCAGCAGGCAGCCUCACCACUCGGCCUCCGCCCGGUCCUACCAGGCUUUCAGGAACUUUAAACCCCAGAGUUCAGUGGCUCAUUCUGGGGCUCAUCAGGCCAUGUACGGAGGCGGUGUUGGCGCUGCAGGUGGAGGUGGAGGUCACACCUCUGUAGACCAGGUGGUUCCUUCCCACCCUCAGCAGGUGUACUGGGAGGUGGCUCAGGGCCAGGGACACCAUCACCACCCGCAAAUGGGACCACAGACCUCCAUGGGCUACAUCUCAGACCUGAUCUACAACGCUGCUAUCGUCACCAACUUCCUGGAGUUCUGAUCACCAACAGGGAACUAUCAAUACUUCUAUAGACUCCUUUAUAUUCUCCUGUGUCAACAU